AUGUACGUGUCCCCUGUUACCACUGCAGCCGCUGCCGAAGGAAUAGCAGCUGCCUUAGUACCAAACUUGACCGAUGUCGAAGUCGAGCAUGUGGUGACCACCGAACUGUUCGAAAAUCCACCAACACGAACGGAAGCCCCUGCUGCCGUUGUCGACGACGAAGCAAGAUCCACACAGGAGUUAGCCAAGCUUGCCACAGAAAGCGAUGUUGCGAAUGACGAAGAUGCGGCUACUGCCGAUGGACACUGUGAAGCGCAGUGCACUGACGUAGCCAUGCCUGUUGUUACUGAUGAGCAACCGUUGCCGUUGUUUGAAAAAGGGAACUGCGGAAAUGGACUAAUCAUUUGGCAGUCUACUCCGGAAUCUUAA